GCGCGCAUGCGCGAUUCGUUCUGUGUGCGUUUGGCGUCACUAGCCAUUUGUGUUGUGUCAAUUAGCGAAACAAGCGCGAAAAUCACAAAGAAUUCACCGUGUGUUUCAUAAUGAACAGCAGUGUUCAAAUACUCGACCAGAGUAUGGACGCUAAAUGCCCUUUAAAUGCGACGAUCAACCUCGAAGACACGGACUCCGAGACGGAUUUGAUCGAACUGGAUUCAAGUUGCGACACGGAAGUCCUUUGCCUCGACAAUUCGAUCAACCAGCCGAACAACAACGAGAACUCGUCCGACUCGUCUCCGGACGUUGACGUUGACGUCGACGCAAAUAUUGAGGUGACAACUCGCUCGUCGAGAGAUAUACAGUCUGUCUUGCAGAAUGACGACGCUGCGAAAACGCGACCCGUUUUCAAGGUUAUGUUUCGCGACGAGAGUGUCUCGAGACAAUAUCGACAACAAAUUAAGGAUUUUUUGCACACUUUAGUGCAAUCAAAACCAUCCAAUGAACAAGAUAUAAAUGAAUCAAGUUUGAUUUUAGAAAUUUGGGAUAACAAUGAUAAUUACAAAGAUCAAGAAUUGUCUAUCAGUGCAAAAGACAAUAGUGUAUUAAAUGAUAGCAUGGAAAGUACUGAUAUAUGCGAUUCACUAUUUACAAUUGAUAACAAACCAAAUUUUACGAAUGAUUUAGAUGUUCCAACAUAUGGACAAAAAUAUGAGGAUAUUACUAAGGAAUCAGACUCUGUGACGACAAAAGAUUAUGCACCAAAAUUAAAUUGCUUCAAUUGUAAUGGAAAUCAUAAUUUGCGAGACUGUCCAUUGCCUAAAAAUCAAACCAAUAUUAAUAAAAAUCGUAAAGAAUUUGCUCUAAAAAAUAAUGCAGGAGUUCGAUAUCAUAUGGGCGAGGAUCAGAAAUUUAGUCACAUGAUUCCUGGUCAGUUAAGCCUCAAACUACGAAAGGCUCUAGGACUGAAAGCCAAUGAACUACCUAAACACAUAUAUAGAAUGAGAUUACUUGGCUACCCUCCAGGGUGGUUGGAAGAAGCGCGCUUGCAACAUUCAGGAUUAUCAUUGUUUAAUUCUGAUGGAUUAGCAGAAAUUGAUCCAACUGAAGAAGAGGGAGAAAUCAUUACAGAUGUAGAUAAAGAUCAAUAUGACAUAAAAAAAAUAUAUGACUUUCCUGGUUUUAAUGUGCCUUCUCCAACUGGCACCAUUGACGAAAGCCAUAAAUAUUGGGCACCAAAAAUCCAACCUAUACAUAGUAAAGAGAUAAUGUUAUUACAUUUAAGAGGGAAAAAAGCUGAUGACGGUUAUAAGCAAAAAUUGAAACUAUCCGCUCCAAUAACACCAAUAGUAAAUUCUUCAGAAAUGCCUAGUGAUAUGGAAAUAGAAGAAGUGCCAGAAGAAAAUGUGGAGAAUGUGCCUAUUAAUGGGCAUUUUAUUCCACCAUUACCAACAGAACCAGUGGAAACACCACCACCAGCACCACCACCAUUAUUUCAAUCAGAAGAUUCAGACUCACGAUCGCAAGAAUUGCCUUCUUCUGAUUCUGUGGAUGAUAUAAUCUUGAUUGCAAAUUCACCGUCUCUAUCUGACUUAGAAAGUACAAAAAAAGAAUUACUCAUAGAACUUGAAGAUAACAGUUCGCAUUCUAAUCUUUGUUCCACGUCACUUAAAACCGAUGCAAACAAUACAUUUGACAUGACAUUUUCCAGUAUAGCAAUUACACCCAAUUGCUCUUCUAUUUCUCAAGAAUGUUCAAAUUCUGACAAGAGUUCUAUGAAGUUAAGUUCACAGUCUUAUCAUGAAACAUCGCUCAAUAUGUCGAGUACCAAAUUAGACACAUCAGUUUCCAAUGAAACUAUCUCUGAAUUAAAUUCUACUCCAAUCUCUGCUAAUUUAUCUUCAAGUACAAAUCAAGCUUCUGUCAAAUCGGUGCACUUGGGUACACCGAUAUUGACAAGUUCUUCCCCAUAUAGUAAACUACCGUCAUCAGAAAAAUUUUCUAAAGAUAUUUGCGACGUUAUCAAUUUCGAAAAUUUACCUGACUCGACGGGUAAAUAUGAACAAAUGUCAGGAGUCUUACACAAAGUAAGAAAUAUCAUGUCAAGAUUGCAUCAAUAAGCAUAGACAAUUUACAGAGGGAACUGAUACAUUAUUUAGUAAGUAUGUGUAUUUAUUCACAAAAGUGGAGUAAACAAAUAUCUGGGAUUAUUUUAAAAAAUGCCAUUUAUUCUUGAUUUCUUCUUGUUUAAUUCGAUAAAAGAUAUAUGAUAUCCUCUUAGAUAUUUUUGGCCUUUAUAAAUAACAAAUUAAAUAUGUUUUCAAACGUACAUCCAAAAAUUUUAAACACGGUUUUUCACUUCUUUUUGUCAUGAUAAUUGCAAAACAAAACUUUUCACUGUUAAAUGCUUAUAUUAAGCUACGGAUUUAGUUGCUUAGAAAAAUUAAUGUCCGCUUUUUUUCUAAAGACGAGAUUUAGAUAUAUUUCAUCUUAAAUUUCUGUAAUAUAUAAUUUAAAUCUUUUCUAUAUUUUUUGACGUAUAAUUUAGACAAUUCAUUUAAUACCCUAUUACAU